AUGUACACCAGACUGAUGGCUUAUGAGAACGCUCUAAUAGAAGAUCCCAAUCGUUACGAGGUCAAAGACCUCUCUAUAGAGGAAGUACAGGAGAAACUUGAAGCUCUCAAGAAAAAAUUAGAUGAUGGGAGCUUUAGUUGCAUUUCACGAGACAAGUCCAACGUGACCUAUGGUGAGUGUAGCGAUGGCGUCAAACGUCUUACAGUGAAGGAUAUAAAUAAACGCUCUAAACCAGGAGAUGAAAAAAGAAAAAAUAUCCGUUUGAUGGUUGAUCUUAUUCUCAAGUUCUUCCAAGCAAACAAGCGAGAAACACAUCGUGGGGUGUUUUACGUAGGGAAUAAUACCAGUUCAUUGUUCCGACAAAAAGAUGAGUACGAAAUUCUUGAUGACAUCUGUUCUACUAUAAGGUGCAGCAGUUCAAGUCUCUACGUAGAUGCUAGUGUAAGAGGCGUUGUUGCAGGUCUGCUUUCUUUCGAGCUGGGAGGGCAUGAAACCUUUUGUACGAGCCGGGACGAUGGGGUACCCAUCCCGCUGAAUUCAGAUAUUAAAAUGAAGAAUCGUGGAGCCAAGUUCAUAUUGGUGGUGGAAAAUAAAUCCGCUUUCAAUACAUUGAUGCAAGAUAAGUUUUACAAUGAUUAUCCAUGUAUAAUCAUCACCGGAAUGGGAAUGCCGGAGGUGGCGACCAGAAGAUUUUUAAAGCUAUUGUCGGACAAUUUUGGGCUUCCAGUGUACGGCCUUUUCGACUGUGAUCCAGAAGGCAUCAAAAUGUUUACAAUUUAUACUGUUGGAUCAUAUGAGGAUGCCUUCGAUAGUGUAAACUUAACUUGGCCGUAUAUGACGUGGUUGGGUGUUUGGCCGAGUGACCUAUGUGCGCUUGAUAUACCCUGCAAGGAUUUGAGUCCGAGUGAGAUUGCAUUGGUAGAUUAUCUUUUGAGAGAAGAUUUUGUGAAAGAGAAUCCGAGGUUGGUUGAGGAGCUGGAACAUAUGAAAAUAACGGAGAAAAAAGCGAAUCUUGAAGCUUUGAAGGAAUUUGGGCCCACUUGUUUGUCCAAGUACUAUUUGCCAUAUAAGUUGAAUUAUCUUUUGACCGCGCCGUGA